GCUGAGUCCGUGCUGCGCGCCGAGCGCACGCGCCACCCCACCCCCACGCAUCGCACAGGGGACGAUCCUUUCCUUCUUGAAGAAGAUGGUUCUGACUCUAGUGUUUCCAAUGUGGACCUCGAAGAGGCAGUUUCUCAUCCUUUUUAACAUGAUCCUAAUUUCCGAACUCCUUGGGGCUAGAUGGUUUCCUAAAACUCUGCCCUGUGAUGUCACUCUGGAUGCUCCAAACGCCCAUGUGAUCGUGGACUGCACAGACAAGCAUUUGACAGAAAUUCCUGGAGGUAUUCCCACCAAUGCCACCAACCUCACCCUCACCAUUAACCAUAUAGCGGGUAUCUCUCCAGCGUCCUUCUACCGGCUGGACCAUCUGGUAGAGAUCGAUUUCAGAUGCAACUGUGUACCUGUUCGACCGGGGCCAAAAGACAAUGUGUGCACCAGAAGGCUGCAGAUUAAACCCAGCAGCUUUAGUAAACUCGCUUAUUUAAAAUCUCUUUACCUGGAUGGAAACCAGCUUCUAGAAAUACCUCAGGAUCUUCCUCCCAGCUUACAGCUGCUGAGCCUUGAGGCCAACAGCAUCUUCUCGAUCAUGAAAGAGAAUCUAACAGAACUGGCCAACCUAGAAAUACUCUACCUGGGCCAAAACUGUUACUAUCGCAAUCCUUGUAAUGUUUCGUUUUCCAUUGAAAAAGAUGCUUUCCUAAAUAUGACAAAUUUAAAAUUGCUCUCCCUAAAAGAUAACAAUAUCUCAGCUGUCCCCACUAUUUUGCCACCUACUUUAACUGAACUCUAUCUUUAUAACAACAUCAUUGCAAAGAUCCAAGAAGAUGAUUUUAAUAACCUCAAUCGACUGCAAGUUCUUGACCUAAGUGGAAAUUGCCCUCGUUGUUAUAAUGCUCCGUUUCCUUGUACACCCUGUGAAAAUAAUUCUCCCCUACAGAUCGACCUAAAUGCUUUUGAUGCAUUGACAGAAUUACAAGUUUUACGUCUACACAGUAACUCUCUUCAGUAUGUGCCCCAAAGAUGGUUUAAAAACGUUAACAAACUUAAAGAACUAGAUCUUUCCCAAAACUUCUUGGCCAAAGAAAUUGGGGAUGCCAAAUUUUUGCAUCUUCUUCACAACCUUGUCCAAUUGGAUCUGUCUUUCAAUUAUGAACUUCAGGUCUAUCAUGCAUUUAUGAAUCUGUCAGAUGCAUUUUCUUCACUGAAAAACUUGAAAGUUUUGCGGAUCAAAGGCUAUGUCUUUAAAGAGCUGAGAAGUUCAUACCUCUCCCCAUUACAUAAUCUUUCCAAUCUUGAAGUUCUUGAUCUUGGCACUAACUUUAUAAAAAUUGCUGACCUCAGCAUGUUUAAACAAUUUAAAACAUUGAAAUUCAUAGAUCUCUCAGUGAAUAAAAUAUCACCUUCAGGAGAUUCAAGUGAAGAUGGCUUCUGCUCUAACAUGAGAACUUCUGUAGAAGGUCAUGGGCCCCAGGUCCUUGAAGCAUUACAUUAUUUCAGGUAUGAUGAAUUUGCAAGGAGUUGCAGGUCCAAAAACAAAGAGCCUCCGUCUCUCUUGCCUCUUAAUGAAGAUUGUUACAAGUAUGGGCCGACCUUGGACCUAAGUGGAAAUAAUAUAUUUUUUAUCAAGUCUUCUGAGUUUCAGUAUCUUUCUUUCCUCAAAUGCCUAAACUUAUCGGGAAAUACCAUUAGCCAAACGCUUAAUGGUAGUGAAUUUCAGCCUUUAGUGGAGUUGAAAUAUUUGGACUUCUCUAACAAUCGACUUGAUUUACUCUACUCAACAGCAUUUGAGGAGCUACGCAACCUGGAAGUCCUAGAUAUAAGUAGUAACAGCCAUUAUUUUCAAUCAGAAGGAAUAACUCACAUGCUAAACUUUACCAAGAACCUAAAGGUUCUGAAGAAACUGAUGAUGAACAACAAUGACAUCGCUACCUCCACCAGCAGGACCAUGGAGAGCGAAUCUCUUAAAAUUCUGGAAUUCAGAGGAAAUCAUUUGGAUAUUUUAUGGAGAGAUGGUGAUAACAGAUACUUAAAAUUCUUUAAGAAUCUGCUGAACUUAGAGGAAUUAGACAUCUCUGAAAAUUCCCUGAGUUUCUUACCUAGUGGAGUUUUUGAUGGUAUGCCUCCAAAUCUAAAGACUCUCUCCUUGGCCAAAAAUGGGCUCAAGUCUUUCAGUUGGGGAAGACUCCAGUAUCUGAGGAAUCUAGAAACGUUGGAUCUCAGCUACAACCAACUGAAGACUGUCCCUGAGAGAUUAUCCAACUGUUCCCACAGCCUCAAGAAAUUCAUACUUAAGAACAAUCAAAUCAGGCACCUGACAAAGUAUUUUCUACAAGAUGCUUUCCAGUUACGAUAUCUGGACCUGAGCUCAAAUAAAAUCCAGGUUAUCCAAAAGACUAGUUUUCCAGAAAACGUCCUCAACAAUCUGGACAUUUUGUUUUUGCAUCACAAUCGGUUUCUGUGCAACUGUGAUGCUGUGUGGUUUGUCUGGUGGGUUAACCAUACAGAGGUGACGAUUCCUUACUUGGCCACAGAUGUGACUUGUAUGGGACCAGGAGCACACAAGGGCCAGAGUGUAGUCUCUCUGGAUCUAUAUACCUGUGAGUUAGAUCUGACUAACUUCAUCCUGUUCUCACUUUCCAUAUCGGCGGUUCUCUUUCUGAUGAUGAUCACAACAGCAAACCAUCUCUAUUUCUGGGAUGUGUGGUAUAGUUACCAUUUCUGUAAGGCCAAGAUAAAGGGGUAUCGACGUCUGAUAUCACCGAAUUCUUGCUAUGACGCUUUUAUUGUGUAUGACACUAAAGACCCAGCAGUGACAGAGUGGGUUUUGGAUGAGCUGGUGGCCAAAUUGGAAGACCCAAAAGAGAAAUGUUUUAAUUUAUGUCUCGAGGAAAGGGACUGGUUACCAGGACAGCCUGUUCUGGAAAAUCUUUCCCAGAGCAUACAGCUUAGCAAAAAGACAGUGUUUGUCAUGACAGACAAGUAUGCAAAGACUGAGAAUUUUAAGAUAGCAUUUUACUUGUCCCAUCAGAGGCUCAUGGAUGAAAAAGUGGACGUAAUUAUCUUGAUAUUCCUUGAGAAGCCCCUUCAGAAGUCCAAGUUUCUCCAGCUCCGGAAGAGGCUCUGUGGGAGUUCUGUCCUUGAGUGGCCAACAAACCCACAGGCCCAUCCGUACUUCUGGCAGUGUCUGAAAAACGCCCUGGCCACAGACAAUCACGUGACCUACAGCCAGGUGUUCAAAGAGACAGCCUAGCCCUUCUUUGCAAAAUGUGUCUGCCUAACUUACCAAGGAGAGGCUCGGCUGCCUAGAUUGGCUCAUGCAUGUCCCACCGAAAGAGUGUUUUAAACUUUUCCAAGCCCUGAGAUUGCCCAUAUUGGAGAGGAGUCACCGAUAUAUGACAAAGGAACUGGAAAAUUGGGAUUUAUAUAAGCAUCAAGUCGUCUUUCUUAGCUCUCUGUGUCUCCAUUUGCACUUGAGUCUCUGCCUUCUGCUGCUGUAUAAAAUACUGUUGGGAGAAGGGUGGCAAGUAGAGGACGUGGCACU